ACCAUAGAUGAUACAGUACUGACGUGGAUGUGAAACGUUUCCGGAUUCCGGUAUUCUGCUUGAAGCUAUCAUAGUAACGGGCAUAUCCGAGGUAAUUUACUAGUUUCCGUAAAUUAGGCAAUUUGUUCCAAAUAAACGCCGAGGAAAUUAUCGAGGUUAUACCAAGCAGCUGUGUAAGUGAGUUGGCAGAACUGGCCAGAGACAGUAAAAGAGAAUCUAUGUAUUAACAGAAAGGAUAUUGAUGCUGCAAGUGUAUUAAGCGAAGACAGUAGUAGUGACUGUGAGGAGGUAGAAUGAGUAGAGGAAGUACAGUCCAGUGCAAGAUGAUAUUAACUAUUCUAUAAUUAGUCUAGUAAAUAGUCUAUAAUUAUUAUUUUAUAGUAGAUCUACCCCUGUACCCAUGUAAUUAUAUCCAAAAAGCAAGUCACUCAAUGUUGAUAGCAUGCAUGUAGAUCAAAAGAAGUGUGGCUGACUCAUAACACUAGCAUGAGAUAAGCAAACGGGUGAAAUUGUUGAUGAUCUGUACGUGUACGUGUACAUGCUAAUAAUUAUUAUAAUAGUCUUGAGAGUAUUAAUUUAUAGUACACGAUAAACUGUUUCUUGAUCGUUUACAAAGUGGCUGUGAGAGAGACACAUUCCAACUUGCCGGUUCGAAAUUCCUAUACAAGUGUAGAUACACGGCACUUGAAAAGAGGUUGGACGUUAAUUGCUGUCUUCACCGAUGGUGUUGCCUAGAGAAGUAGCACUCGAGUAGGUUCUGGGAUAAAUUUCACUUGAUAGUAUAAUUAGCUAACAUUUGGCAAUUGAUAUCUUAGCUCAGCGAAAGACAACACUGCAAUUUGGAAAGUUAAUGACAUGUACAUGUACGUGUGAACUUAUUGAUAGAAAUCAUAAUAGUAGUUAGUUGUAAUAAGAAUGUAGGAUUAAUUUUUGUUUAACAUGUACAUGGAUUUUACAUAUUUUUCUUGAGGCUGUAUUUUUCCAAUAACUUUACUGUAUGCUUAGUUAAUAGAUUCUCCUGCUGCAUCAAUACACGAAGGUUUUCAUCAGCUAAAUAUGCAAAAAGUAGGCUCACAGGUUUAGAAAUAAUCUCACGCAAAAAGUGCAACUAACUCAUGCUUUAGCCCUUUCUAUAGCACUUAAACUUUCAUAACAGUUGUCAAACAUAGAUUCUCCUCGUAGUUUACAGUGUACUUCAAGUAUUACUACUGAAUGGUAACCUGAAUAUUUACUGUCCAGGCCAAAAAUCUCACACAAAGUAUUUUUACAGAAAAAUUUAUGCUAAAAUAUGAUAUUCUCCCAUGAGCUUAGAGAAACUAGUCUUACCUACAAGCCCACUGCAAGUAUCAAUGUGUGCCAGUCAUUUUCACCAGUUUUCAGACACGGAACACUGUUUACUACGCUCUGGUUGCUAUAUAAACAUGACAGUUACAGGGUUUCUAACAUAAUCUGCUCGUUACGAUGAUAGCUUCAGACAAUUCCCGUGGACCCCUCCGGAUACUAGGCCGUUUCACAUCCACGUCAGUACUGUAUCAUCUAUGAUAGUACUAUUAUCUAUGAAUGUUAGAAAUCGUUUCGGUUGAACCAAUAUAAUUGUUAGAAAAAUUCCAGCAUCAAUUAGACAAUGAAGAAAGGGACCAACCCUUGUAGUUAUGUACAAAGCAAGGCUGAUCUAUUCUUUCUACAGUUGUCUGGCAAAUCAAAUCAUGUAUUGUUGCAUUCAGGAAAUAUGGAUUGAUAGUAUCAGUUGGAUAUUUAAGAGAGAUAAACAGCUGUUGUUGAGACUGGAGAGACUGUUGAGCAAACUGCAACACUGUGUGGUACUGACUGAUUGCAGAGCAUUCUGAGAACUGUUGUGACCAUCCUGUUGACUCUGUUUACUUCUACGGAAAGAAUUUGAGUGAAAAAAGAAACAUCCAAGUGGAAAGACUAUGUCUACAGGUUUUCUAUCGAUUAUUGUACUGCUUGCAUUGGGCUUGGCAGAAGCAAGAAUACUUCACAAUAAUCCCGUCAACCAACUUCAAAAAAUCCCGAGGAUCACCAGAGACGCAGAAUGCUCCAAUGAAAACCUUAACUCCAUCUUCCAAAGUUGCCAGGAGAGUCUGAUCCCCGAAAGUAGUGGCUCAAUUGCAAGACAAUUCUGUGGCAGCUCUUGCAAAGAUGAAAUAGCCAGCUAUGCAAGUUCCUGUAGCCACACUAGUUUCAGCGUCAACAUCACAGGUACUUGCUUGGUGAACAACAACCACCCUCAGUGUGUAUUCGCCGUCAUUUUAAUCAGACCAGGAGUUUUGUCAUGCAGAGCAUCAGCUGUCAGCAGCAACAACGAGCUAAGUACAGUACCCAUCAACCCAAGUAUUCCACCUAUUUGCUCUUUGUAUUCUACCUACAAUUCAACAGGAGAGUACUUUCAGAUUGAGUUUGACUCUGUUCUCAUGCGACCUACCAUUCAACCACCUCUUUCUCCACCUUGGAGCAAUUGCAGCCACUACUACGAAGAUUUUGGCCAUCCAGUAUCUACAGAGGAUGAGCACAACGUUAUCGCUGAGAUUGAGUGCUCCCAAAGCCAAUUGGACGUCAUAAUAAAAGACUGUGAAGAAGCUGUAAAGCCAGUUAAUAAUAGCAACAUCUCACAACGAUUUUGUGGAGGAACUUGCCGAACUCAAAUAUCUGCAUAUGCAGCCUCUUGUAAUAUGACCUACUUCAGUCUAAACAUCACAGGAUCAUGCCAAACAAAUCUAACAGACACACAGUGCAUAUUUGCUGUUGUUUUGAUAAGACCAGGAAUCUCUGUAUGUUCAGCUACCAGUGUGACAGAUGACAACAACUUAAUAGCUGCUCUACAAACAGACACAACAUUAGAUUCGUGCUGCAUUUUGCAUUCAUCGGUAAACACCACUGGUGAAUUCUACGAAGUACAACCUGACCCCCUAACAGGAACCCCCCUCGUCCAACCCCCCUUGAUGCCACCCUGGGAGAGUUGCAGUGCCUACACAGAACUUACAUGUAACGCUGUGACCACAACGAUGAGCACUACAGCCACUCACCAGCCUACAGCCAGAGCUACCACUCCUCCAAAGCCUGUCUCGACUACAACUGAACUAGGUCUACCACCUUCAUCAGACUCAGCCUCAUCCAUGCACCCAUCAUUUCAUGUACUGUUUUAUGUUUUCAUUUUCAUAUUCAUUCUCAGUGUUUUAUAAGUUUUUUAAAACAUUAUAACAGUUGCAUAAAAUAAAA